CACAUCAUCUGUGUAUCUAACCUGGAAUGCAACACCUGGGAACAGCUCCUUGUUUAUAGUAAACUGGACUGGUGGCAGUGUAAAUAUGAGCAGUAACACUUCAAACCUGUCUUACAAUGUCACUGGUCUGACUGCUGGAGUGAACUACACAUUCAGUGUUACUGCAGAUGGACAAACUACAGGAGCAACAUCUAAAAUUUUUACAUUCACAAAUCCAGAUGUUGUCCUUAAUCUCACUGCUACAAGCCAAAACACAUCUGUGUCUCUAACCUGGACUGCACCACCUGGGAACAGCUCCUUGUUUAUAGUAAACUGGACUGGUGGCAGUGUGAAUAACAGCAGUAACACUUCAAACCUGUCUUACACUGUCACUGGUCUGACUGCUGGAGUGAACUACACAGUCAGUGUUACUGCAGUUGCUGCAGAUGGACAAACUACAGGAGCAACAACUCAAACCUCAACAUUUUCAUAUCCAGAUGUUGUCACCAAUCUCACUGUUUCAAGCGAAACCACAUCAUCCGUGCCUUUAACCUUGAAUGCACCAACAGGGAACAGCUCCUUGUUUACAGGAAAUGGCACUGGUGGCAGUGUGAAUAUUAGCAGUAACAGCCCAAGCAUGUCUUGCAAUGUCACUGGUCUGACUGCUGGAGUGAAUUACACAUUUACUGUUACCGCAGUUGCUGCAGAUAAUCAAACUACAGGAGCAACAAGUCAAAUCUUUACAUUCACAAGCAACAAGUCAGAAUUGGGCAUCGAGACCUGCAGUGUAAAUGGGGCUCAAGAGACUCAUUACCGCUUGUCUUUCGGGUUUUACAUCUUCAUUCACGAGACAUUUCAUCACAUAUCUCAUUUUGACUUAAACACAGUGUCGGAUUUCCUCACGUUCGGAUAA